AUGUCCAAAUUUAUUGAUAACUUCGAAAAGCGAGGUGUUCGUGUAAACAAUGUAGAGUUUUGCAAGGUUUGCGGUUCUAUUUUGGAUCUUCCUGAAUCAGGAACAAUCGAGUGUGGCAUUUGCCAUUGGAAGUGCCAGAUGUCUGAUCUGAGUAACACCACAAUUAUUACCUCUAGCCACCCAAAGCCGGUUCCCCAAUGGGUCCAUGAAUUACAGCAACAGGAGAAGAUUCAAGUGGGUCCUACUCGUGCUUUGGUGGACGAAGAGUGUCCUCGUUGCAAGAAUCCUCAGAUGUCUUUCUAUACGCUUCAGCUUCGUAGUGUUGAUGAAGGUUCCACUGUGUUUUACAAAUGUCUUAAGUGUGGGUAG